CGUGUCUCCAGCUGAAGUAGUGAAACGCCAGCUGUGUCUUGGGGGAAAUCAUCUAUUUUCUACAUGAAUGUUUAUUUUAUUUUUCCUGCAAUUAUUUGGGGAGUGGGCGUUAAUUAUUCCAUUAUUGCUUGGGAGGGGCUUAAUUGUUUAAUUAAUUUAAUAAUGGUUUGUAAGUAUAGAGAUUCGAGGACGAUUAGCUGUUAAAAAGAAUGGGCAGGGCUAGUGCGUUGCCACCAUUGGCGUCGUGGACUCGUGCGGUUCCUUGGGCCUGCACGUGAUCUCCCCACGUGACCAUCAUUCAUCCCCCGAAGUUAAUCUCAUCCUUUUUUAACCACCCAAAAUUUACCCUACCCACUGCUCCGAUAAUUAGUAUGAUAUUUUCCGUUUUGAUCCAAAAUUACCCAAAUUUAGUUUGUGAGCAUCAUUCAUUUAAAAAAUAUCGUACAGGUAGAACUUAAUAAACACAUACACAUUAAUAAUUUUUCUAAUGUUUUCAAUUUUAUACUUGAAUUGCUUCGUAACAAAAUCAAUUUAUCUCGCAUUAUUUUCAAUAACUCGAAUUACAAAUAUAAAAUAUCAAUAAUUUGACAUAGGAUUCGGAUUUCUCAUAACGGUCGCGUAGGCCAAUGCUAUGAACCGCCAAUUGGACACCCUAUCUUUCUCUCUUGCGUUUAUAAGCCGAUAACAUAAAGUAAUCCAUCCAACGAUCCGAGUUAAAAGCCAGUACAUUUUUUAAGCCCGUGGUAAUCCCAACUUUGCCCCUGCUCAACCCUAAAUUCACAUCAAUGCCACAGCCGCUAAACGCCAAUGCUACAAACACGCCAACCGCCCUUCUUCUCAUCCGUUGACAACCACAAGAAAAAAGAAAGGAAGAGAAAGGGGGAAAAAAAAAAAAAGAACAAGAGCACGUGGCCGGGCCUCACGAUUGAGGCAGUGGGCUAUAGUGUAAGAAGGGUAAACAAAUGGUAUGAGAUUGCAAGUUUUCCAUCUCUUCCCCGCACCCAGUUGAGCCGGCCCAUCUUCUGUUCCAGGUGACAGCUGAUGCAACCCACUACUCCAGCAAUAGUGGCAUUCCCGUAAAAUACGGAACGUUGCGGUCCAACACCGGCGGCCCACCACCACCGCACCGGUUAACUGAAUAAACUGACAGGCAGGCCCAAUAAGUAGAGAUGAACACCACCACCAUCUGACCAUCUCGCUCAUUAGUCAUUCGUCCUCCCUCCUAUUUUACUGUUUUACCAAUUACCAUGAGGUGAAAUUGAUUUUGACUGAAGAAGCCCAAAUAAUUGGUGGCCGAUUAAAUGGGUUAUGAAUCAUAGAGCAACUGAAUUCAUUUCAACGAGAGUCAGACAUUUAUGUAUCUAAGCCAUAGUUUCAGUUGGCAUGACGAUUACUCAAUUAAAAUAAUGUUAUUAAGAUAUACUCAGUCCAAUUUUGAAGGAAAAUCCGUGAUCGUGUUAGAUUAGUAGGUCAUCAGUUAGCAUAUCAGUAGUAGAAUCGCGAGUCUACUAGAAAAUAAAAUUAGGCAUGAAUAAAAAUCUUACUUGCAUAUAUAUCCAAUCAUUAGUUACGAAACAAGAAACUCUCUUUGCACUAGGUUGCUUAGAUUUUAGGUGAUAUCACAAGUAAGAGGUAUAUCGCAACUAUUUAAGCGACUGAGAUCGCAUGAAGUGCGAUCCAACGACAUCAACUCGCAUAAAAUUCGCUACCCCUUCAACAUAAUAAACUUAACACCCUAGGUUAUUGCUAGCGGUGUCAGUUCGGUUUCGUUAAUUAAAUUGAAACUAUUUAAAACAGAAAAUCGAUACAAGACUUUUCCUUAAAACUGAAACCAAACUUGUUAAUGGACUAAUUGAUUUUUUUAGUUAACCGAGAUCGAAAAACGAUAAGCCUUUUAACAGACUCGAUUUUCAAUUUGAACAAACCAAAACACCUACACCAGUCGUAGUAGUUUCAAUUACAGCAUGGCUUAGGCCAGGUUCUUAUCGAUUUUCAGUUUAAAUCAAAACCGAAAUCAUUAAAAUACAAACUAAAACGGACAACGAAGCAAAAUCGAUAAGCUUCAAAUCGAUUCAGUUUUGUACUAAACCGCAACUGGCCAACCCAAUUUUCCCAGCCCUAGCUCUGGCUCGACAGUUUGUGGUUGGUUGGCCUUUUGGGUCAAUCAAAGGGCACCCUAGAAAUAAUGCACAGGGGCAGUACCGCAUUUUCGCACUAUGGAGAGUGAUUGAUGUUUUGGCUUUCUCACCGGUGGCAGAAGGAAGAGAAAAAAAAAAAAAGUGAUUGGUCAGGGAAAAUCUAUCUCUUUGAUUGGGCAGUGAAGAUAGAUGGAGAAAGAUCUGUCCAUUCAUUGUGCUUCUUCGCCUCUUUGUUUUUUUCUCUCUUUUUUCACUUUUGGUAUUGCCGUCCUCCAACCCAUUUCCGGCAAUACUUGCCGUCCCUUCCGAUAUCCAAACAGGGAUUCUAUUCCCCCCUCUCUCUCUCACUGCCGCAGCAGCACCCUUUUUACUUAACCACUGAGUAAAAGACAGAGUGUGCAGUAAAAAAACAGCGAGUAAAGAAACAUAUGAAAAUUGGUGGCUAUUUGGUAAAACUGAACAGUGAUUAUCAAGCAGUAAUACUGUUAAAAGAAAAUCCCAAAUGGGAAAAGGGAAAAGGAAAAGAAGGCUGGUAGAUGCUAACGUGAGCGGUGAAGCGCAGUGCGCACCUCACAUGGGCCAAAGCGAAACAAAACAGAGGGGGGAAGUUGGGGGAUGCUACGUGGCGGAAAAUGGUAGGGGGUGCGUACGUUUGUGGGUGGGUUUUUUCUUAUUUGUUUUUUUUUUUUUUUGGGCUUAUCAUUUGCCAUGUCCUCGGUCCAUGCCUGUGUCUGUAUCACUGUCAGCUUCAGGCUAAGGUGGGGGAGUGAUGAGCCCAAUUAUUAUUUUUUAAGAAUAUUAUCUCCAUAAUAAUUUUCAAUAAUCACUCAUUAUUGUUAUUCUAGAUAUAGGUUUUUUUUUGUUUUAAACAUGAUUAUGGAUUUUAUGAGAAUUGAAACUUUUGUUGCCCUUUUACAAUUGGGGUUUCUUUGAUUAAGGAUAAUUUCCAUGGUGAUAUCGAGAUAAAUGUUUGUUUGUUUCAACGUGACUUGCAUACAGUUUUAUUGUGUACUUCAAAAUAGCCUUCUAAUGAUCUCAAACUUAAUAGUUUCGAGUCGUUUUCAGAAUUGUGAACUAUGCUUCACGUAGUGCGGGGCACUCCAAACCUCGAGAAUUUUGAAUCCUCUGCAGACUAUAGCUGAUAUAAUUUUAUUUGAUUUCCUGGACUAGGAGGAAGAUGUGCGGGUAGUAUUGUAUUUUACUCUGACUCGAUGUAUUUAAGGGGGAAAAAUUACAUUACAACAAUUUUUUUUUAUUGUAGUUGAAGGGAGUGAAACGAGAAUAACGAUAGGGAUUACAAAGGGAAAUAAGAGCGGGUCGAGACAGGGACAUAAAUAGAAGUAGAUUAAGAUUUUCGUUUGCUGUUAAAUGACGGUAUCGUAAAUGCAUACAUAUCAAAUAAACACGCAAAAUUAUUUCUCGUUAACUAGCUUUCACUUGAUAAAAAACUAAAUUAAUCCCAUUACUUUUUUUUUACCUGACCAAAACUCUAUUCCCUUUGAGAUAUGGUUGUGUGAUUCAAAUUAUCCAUCCAUUUAUUGCAUAAUUAAUCCCAUAACUCUUUUUUCUUUAGAGAAAUCCCAUAACUCAUUGGUUAACUCAGAUUAGUUAUAAUUACGAAUUAUAUAAUAAUUAUUCCCAAUAAUCUCUCUCUCUCUCUCUCUCCUUCAGUCCUUUCCUCUCUUUCUCCUCUGUACUUAUUUGUUCUUUUUUCCUUUUUCCCCCUUUCUCCCAUUUAUUUAUUCAUUCAAUCUCCAUUUUUCAGGCAGUACUAAUAAUUCUCCAUCUCUCCCCCUUUGGCUCUUUGCUCUUUAGCCCAUUCAGCUCCCACUUAUCCUCUUCUUCACCUAUCCCACACAGAGAGAGAAAGCUUUGACUCGGAAUCUCUCCUCUCACCAUUCCCCCAAAUUUCCUCCUCCGGCGGGAUCUCCGCCAUGGAUCGGAGCCCGAAGCGGCGGAGCAUCUCCCCCGACGACGCGACUCGCUUCCCCGACGAGGUCCUCGAGCGGGUCCUGGCCCUGCUCGACUCCCCCAAGGACCGCAGCGCCGUCUCCCUCGUCUGCAAGGACUGGUACAGCGCCGAGAGCUGGUCCCGCCGCCACGUCUUCAUCGGGAACUGCUACUCCGUCUCGCCGGAGAUCGUCGCCCGCCGGUUCCCGAGGAUCCGGAGCGUCACGCUCAAGGGGAAGCCCAGAUUCUCCGACUUCAACCUCGUCCCCGACAACUGGGGCGCCGACGUCCACUCCUGGCUCCUCGUCUUCGCCUCCGAGUAUCCGUUCCUCGAGGAGCUCAGGCUCAAGAGAAUGAGGGUCACCGAUGAGAGCUUGGAGUUCCUCGCUCUCAACUUCCCUAAUUUCCGAGCCCUAUCUCUCCUGAGCUGCGACGGAUUCAGCACCGGCGGCCUUGCCUCCGUCGCCACUCAUUGCAAGAAUCUGACUGAGCUGGAUAUACAAGAGAACGGGAUAGAUGACUUUGGUGGGGAAUGGCUGAGCUGCUUUCCUGACAACUUCAACACAUUGGAAGUCCUGAACUUCUCCCACCUGAACACCGAUGUGAACCCUGAUGUGCUGGAGAGGCUCGUGAGCAGGUGUAGAUCGCUGAAGGUUCUGAAAGUCAACCGGAGCAUUUCAUUGGAUUGCCUGCAGAGGUUGCUCGUUUCUGCUCCGCAGUUGACUGAGUUGGGCGCUGGCUCUUUCUCUCAAGAGCUCACACCGAGGCAGCAUGCGGAUCUCGAGCAUGCCUUUGGUCUGUGCAAGAAUCUGAGUGUGCUUACUGGGUUGUGGGAAGCGACGGCGAUGAAUCUCUCGGCUGUUUACCCAGCUUGCUCGAGGCUGAGUUUUUUGAACCUGAGCUAUACUGCUUUGCAGAGUCAGGAGCUUGCUAGUCUUCUUCCUCACUGCCCUUGUCUUCGUCGUCUCUGGGUCCUGGACUCAGUGGGAGACAAAGGCCUUGAAGCCGUGGGAGCAAACUGCCCAUCCCUGGAAGAAAUCCGCGUCUUCCCCGCCGACCCUUUUGACGAGGACAUGAUCAACGCAGUCACCGAAUCAGGCAUCGUCGCAGUCUCCCAGGGCUGUCCCAAGCUCCACUACAUCCUCUACUUCUGCCGCCAGAUGACAAACGCCGCGGUGGCCACCGUGGUGCGCAACUGCCCGGACUUCACCCAUUUCCGCCUCUGCAUUAUGAAUCCAGGCCAGCCCGACCACACCACCAAUCAACCUAUGGACGAGGCCUUCGGUUCCGUCGUGAAAACUUGCAAGAAGCUCCAGCGGCUCUCUGUAUCCGGUCUCCUCACCGAUCUCACGUUCAAGUACAUCGGCAAGUACGCGAAGAAUAUGGAGACGUUGUCAGUGGCCUUUGCUGGAAGCAGUGAUCUUGGGAUGCAGUAUGUCAUGGAGGGAUGUUCGAAGCUGAGAAAGCUGGAGAUCAGGGACUGCCCGUUUGGGAAUGCGGCGUUGCUUUCCGGUUUGGAGAAGUACGAGUCGAUGAGGUCGCUUUGGAUGUCGGCUUGCAACGUGACGAUGAAUGGAUGUAGGGUUCUGGCCAGAGAGAUGCCGAGAUUGAACGUGGAAGUGAUGAAGGAGGAAGGGAGCGAUGAUUGCAAGGCGGAUAAGGUGUAUGUUUACCGGACGGUUGCUGGGCCAAGACGAGAUGCUCCUCCUUCUGUCCUCACCGUCUCCAGUCUAUGACAAUUUCAUCAGUCAGUACUCCUCAUCUUUCUUUGUCUUCUCUCUUUCUUGAAAUGCCUCUACUUCCUCUCUUCUCCGUUAAUCCUAUGAUGAUUAGUUUGCUAAUAAAAAUUAUUCGAUUUGUGAAAACAGUGUGAUGAUGCUUCACCGAGCAAUGGUUCGCGAAAGGAAGUUAUAACAGCACGCAGCAAUGUUCGCUGAAAUCUGUCUAUUGGAGGCUGCAAUACUAUGCAAAGUUAUGAACGAUACAAAACCAGCUCAUCCCACAAGCAACCCUGCCAUUGCCAAGCCAUUCGUGCACCUUAGUGAAAUCCAGAAGAAGAGAAGCAACCCAGACUCGGCAUAAUAGCAUAUAAUCUCAUCAUAAACACGGGCCGACGAGGAUUGAGCCUGCCGCGAUCCCAUUGCAGCUUAAGAUCAUCACCCAUCAUCGUGUGAGUGUCACCAAGUACAGGCCUUGGCUACCAUAAAUUGCAGUUGGAGAAUGAUGGGAAUUUGGAGGAAGGAGACAAUGCAAACACAGAACCAGACAAAAGGCUACGUGGUUUCUGGUGGGAAGCCGCGUUUGGUUGGCUAGAUUAUGGGUGCUGGCUGACGGGAAAGAUGGCUGCAAUGUUGGGUCCGAAGCUGCUGGCGAAGAAUGAACCACGAAAUGGCGGAUAAGAUGGAGAUGUCAAGUAUCGCUCUCUCUCUCUCUCAAAAGACAAACUCUGCUUCGCUUUUUGUUGUGCAUUAUUUUGCUUUCAUGUCUUAUCUUUUUGCUGGAUUGGACUUGAGCAGGCAUAUUCCUUUUAAGUUUUUUUUUUUCUCCCUUCUUCUCGCCUAUUGAAAUCUGGAGGGGUUAAUUUCGGUUUUCAUUCUUGUUUGGACAUUGUGUGGCCGGCCAUGUGGAGUUGGUAACCUGUCCAUUAUUAUGGUAUUGGUCUCUCAUGACGUGUAGUAUGGAGCUUUUUCUUUUCAAGUGGGCAUUAAGAUGUUACAACUUGGAAUUCGUUUCUAACCAAGCAUUGAUUAAUAACAAUAUAUUUUACUAGAAAAGGCUCAAGGAACGGACCAUCGGUUUCGAUUUUUGUAAGUAAUUGUAGUGUAAAGCAGGGCGAGUAUUUAUCUAAAACCCAACAUUGAUCAUUACUCAAAAGCCCAAAUCGGAGGAAAGUCCUUCCCAAUGUAUAACCAGUAGUUUUUUUUCCCUGGCUAAUAUCACUAAAAAUAUCCACCUUUAGCAAAUUCGUCGGUAACUUUUGAUAUGUCAUUUCAAUAUUAAAUCGUAUUUUUCGUUAGUUUGACCCAUAUGUUUAAAUGGGAGACCGGUCAAAGUCUUAUCAGUGCCUAAUCGAAUCUUACCUGACUCGCUGAUGUGUCACUCACAAUUUUAUUCAUUUAAGUUUACUUGAACAACCAUCAAGCUCAUGCUCAGGGCAGGUUCGAGUAACUCUUUAUUGUAUGGAUUGGACACCAAUGCACCCUUCGGUAAGGUUGUGUUGAAGUCUUCGAAGCUUAACUAGAAAUUUUUGUCUACAAUUAAAGGACUUCACUCCCA